ACAAAAUCGAAUCGCAACAUACACCAAGCACGGGCUUUUGCCUAUAUUAGAAGAUAGAUAAAAAAAUUGGUGAAUUAGCGGGUAUUCGCAGUUUUAUGUGUAUUAUUAAGGGAUUAAUUGGGGAUCUUUUUUGGCGUAUUUAAUUAAUUUUGCAGGAAACGGUCAUGGCUAGUGAAAUUGAAGAAAAUAGAGAAGGGACAACUGGUAAAAAUUUGAUGAAUGGACUUAAUAAGGGUCAACUAUCAUCGGAAUCAAAGAAAAUAAUGAAGAAAAAGGCAAAAAAUUCUUUUAAAAAAGGAAAUGAAAGUGGAAAGCGGAAUGGGCUCGUCAACUUUAUGGAUGAAGACGAAGACCGAAGUAAAGAACAAUUUGAUACUUCUGCAUUUUCAAAAAGCGCUGAUAAGUCUCCCAAGAAAAAAAGCUUGCUUGAACAACGAAAACAGUUACCUAUAUGGGAGGCUAAGGACGCCAUUUGUCAGAAAAUUCAAGAUAAUCGCGUAAUAGUGAUUGUUGGUGAGACUGGUUCAGGUAAAUCCACUCAAAUUCCUCAGUUUCUUAAUGAAUGUGAAUAUGCGAAAGAAGGAUGUGUUGGAAUUACGCAACCCCGUAGGGUAGCUGCUGUAAAUUUGGCGAAACGCGUAGCUCAGGAGCAAAAUACGCGGCUGGGAGACAAGGUUGGUUAUUCUAUUCGAUUUGAUGAUUCAACAAGUCCAAACACGAGAGCCAAGUAUUUAACUGACGGUAUGUUGUUGAGAGAAUUAAUCAACGAUCCUCUUCUUUCGCAAUACCAUACGUUAAUUCUGGAUGAAGCACAUGAGAGAACUCUCAUGACCGACAUGCUACUCGGUUUUGUGAAAAAGAUCAUAAAAAAAAGACCUGCUUUGCGUGUCAUUGUUAUGAGUGCUACGCUGAAUGCGGAAAGGUUUUCUGAAUUUUUUGACGGUGCUGAAAUAUGUUUCAUCAGUGGUCGACAGUAUCCCGUUCAAAUACACUACACAUAUGUUCCAGAGCAAGAUUACAUGGAUGCUUGUUUGCGUACCAUAUUCCAGUUGCACGUAAAGCUACCUCCUGGUGAUAUGCUCGUUUUCCUUACUGGUCAAGAUGAGAUUGAGGCAUUAGAAUCUUUAAUUAAAGAUUAUGCGAAGCAGUUGCCUUCCAAUAAGUUGCAAAUACAAGCUUGUCCGCUGUUCGCUAGUUUACCACAAGAGCAACAAAUGCUGGUUUUCCAGCCUACUUUACCUAAUCACCGCAAAAUCGUUUUGUCUACAAAUAUUGCAGAAACUUCCGUUACCAUUUCUGGAAUUCGAUAUGUGAUCGACACUGGUUUAGCCAAGGUGAAACAAUUCAACGCUCGAUUAGGUUUGGAGAGCUUAACCGUACAGCCCAUUUCUCAGUCAGCAGCGAGACAGCGUAGUGGUCGUGCUGGUCGUGAAGCACCGGGCCAAUGCUAUCGUUUAUAUACAGAAGCGGAUUAUAAUAAGCUUCCCAAAGAGUCUACACCUGAGAUUAAGCGGAUAGAUCUUUCUCAGGCUGUAUUGACACUUAAGGCCCGAGGUCAGAACGAUGUACUUAAUUUUGAUUACAUGGAUCCUCCUUCCAAACAAUCUCUUGUGCGUGCUUUAGAACAUUUAUAUUCCAUUGGCGCAUUAAGUGAUAAUGGGAAGAUCAAUGAAUUGGGGUAUCAAAUGUCUUUGAUUCCUUUAUUACCGUCUCUCGCUAGAGCUAUGCUGAGCGCGAGGGAGCAUAACUGCUUGAAUGAAGUCAUUGACAUCGUUUCUUGUCUUUCAACAGACUCUAUGUUUCUCUUCCCUCAAGAGAAGAGGGAAGAAGCAGCUGAAGCCAAAACGAAGUUUUUGCAUAGUGAAGGAGAUCACCUUACAUGCUUAAAUGCGUUACGUGUAUAUCUUGAAACAAGUUCGGACAUGCGAAAGCACUGGUGUAACCAGAACUUCGUUAACCGCCGUGCAUUAAAAAUUAUAUUAGAUAUUCGUAAACAGCUUCGAGAACAUUGUAUUAAAGCUGGUUGGGAUAUAAAUGAUAAUACCGAGGUCAAUACUGAAAAUAUCCUUCGUUCUUUCCUUUCAGGUUACAUUUCUAGCACUGCUUUGCUUCAUCCCGAUGGUUCCUACAAGACUACUGUGGGCAAUCAGAUUGUGUCUAUACAUCCUUCCUCUUCACUUUUUGGUAAGAAGGCAGAGGCGAUUAUGUACCAUGAAUCGGUUUUUACUACUAAACCAUACGUUCGCGGUGUCAGUAGCAUUCGGUCCACUUGGUUAUCCGCCGUAGCUCCUCAUUACCUUGGCCGACAGCAAGUAUAAUAAAGAGAAAAUAAUAUUCACAAAUUAGUUUAAUUAUUUUGUUUAAUUAUUAUGUUUUCUACUAUUUCAUUCUAUUGUGUAAGAAAAAUUAUCAAUCCGCUUACAACAAUUCAAAUUUAAUCUAUUCGCUUUUCUUAACCUUAUAUUAUUUCGUUCUCAUUUUUUGCACCGCC